UAACUGCAUUUAAAUUAAAACAGAAGUUACAUUAAUAUUAUAUUUCGUGGUCUAUAAGGAGUAGACGCAUAACCUACUCAAUUUCCACUAAUAAUUCCAAAGCUUUUUUCAGUUUUAAUCAGACAAUCAACAUGCACGUCAUUCACACAUUACUCUCCAUCACUUUGCUGAUUUUUGUUUGCCAAAAUGCACGAGUAUUCGCGCUACCCGUCGCCGAUGAACUUAGCACUUGUGAAGAGCAGCUUUCCAAAUAUCGCCGAUUUCUUCUACAAGCCAUUUUAAGCUUUGAAGAUGUUUGCGACGUUUACGAUUCACACCCACUACAUCCACUUGAUUCCUUUUAUCGACAGGAACAGCAAGAAUCUGUUAACGGGCCAUUUUCACGCGUCUUUCAAACUGGCACCUCCGUUGCUGAGCAACGUAGUGAGAUAUGGACUUUCUUCAAAUUAUUGAUGGCACAAUUUAAUGACAUGGAUUUCGUGAAUAUAAUUAAGGAAGCAGUUAUUGAACGUUGUCGCAUGAAGUCGCAAGAGCAACAUGACGAGAAACGCAACUCUGUGGUGCUGGGUAAGAAGCAACGAUUCCAUUCGUGGGGCGGCAAGCGUGCCCGACUCGACGCUGACGAAUGAAGCUUGGACCUGUUGAAAACGCAGGAAGUUGAUUAUUGGCUACUGCGUACGAAUAAAUUUAUUUUCUUUUUGCGGGCUGGAUACAUUUGUUUAUUGUAUAUAAAAUACCGAUAACCUUUAGCACAAAAACAAACGAAUAUAUAUUAAAAAAACAAACUAUUGUAUGCUGUCUACACUGCAAUUACAUUAAAGUACAGAAAAAGUAAAA